AUGGCAUGGAAUCUACCAUCUGUCAACACCACUCGACAAGCAAGCUCCAGUUCUCUGCCUCACCCAAUUGCCGCAGAGCAUUCAGUUCCGAACCCUAAUCCGACGAAUCUGAUCACUUUUGAUCCAAAGGACAAUACCAGUCCGUAUCAUCUCCACGCGAACGAGAGUCCUACAGUGGAACUGGUAUCCUGUAUGCUAGAUAGAAACAACUACAACGAAUGGGCCAGAGCGAUGAAAGUAGCUCUUUCAUCAAAGAACAAAUUCGGCUUCGUUAAUGGAGCGAUCAAGAUGCCGAAUGUAGACGAUCCGAGAACUAUUCUAUGGAUUGACACAGCAGAAGGAGUUUGGGAGGAUCUGAAAAAGAGGUUCAGUAAGCAGGAUGUAUUUAGAAUAGUAGAAAUUCAAGCUGAAAUUUAUCAGACUAAGCAAGGAAGUAGCAGUGUGAAUGAAUACUUUGCAAAAUUGAAGCUGUUGUGGGAUGAAUUCCGCAUUCUAAGACCUACACCUACCUGCAUUUGCACUCAGAAACGUAAGUGUAGUGAUGAUUUCUUAGAUAAAACUGCAGUAAACCUUGAGAAUGAUAUGUUGUGUGCCUUCCUCAUUGGAUUGGAUGAUAAGUAUACUAGGGCACGGAAUCAGAUAAUGUUGAUGAGACCCUUACCAGAUGAAGUGCAAUGCUUGUCAAAGGAGACAAGCAUUAUUCCAGCAGAACCAAACCAGUGUGUAGCUACUGUGGCUUCACAGGGCACACCAUUGAGAAAUGUUACAAGAAACAUGGAUAUCCUCCCGGAUGGAAACUUAGAGGGAAGAAUGUUGGGUCAGCCAAUCAAGUCAGUACACAAGAAAGCUUCAUCUCUGGUAAAUCAGGAUGGGUAUAAGAAGUACCUUGAGUUUCUUGAGUAUAUGCAAAAGGAAAGGAGCACUCCUCUUGAUGCAGGAGGCACUGGAACAACACCUCAAGCCAAUAUCAUUGCAACAAACUUUGUGCCUAAUACUGAAUCAGAAGGUAAGGCUACUACCAAAAUCUCCAGUGAAUAUAAGAGUAUGUGGAUUCUUGAUAGUGGUGCUACACAUCACAUUGUAUGUGACAGAAGCCUCCUAACUAAUUGUAGAAAGGUUGAUGGAAAAUAUGUGGCCUUACCAAAUGGAAACAAGGCCACAAUCACACACAUUGGUUCUGUUCAUCUGUCCAAUAUGCUUGUGUUGCAGGGAGUCUUGUGUGUUCCAGUAUUCUAUUACAAUCUUAUCUCAAUAGGUGAGCUGAUUAAAACAUCAGGCUAUCAAGUAUUAAUGCAUUCUAACAGAUGUAUAAUCCAGAAUCCACACCUUGGGAGGAUGAUUGGUACAGCUGAACUAAGAGAUGGUCUAUAUCACCUUACAGUACCAGCAGAUUCAGCCUUACAUUGUAUUCCUUUAGUGAAUUAUGUAGCCAACAAUAUGUGGCAUAGCCGAUUAGGGCACGCUUCUCAUGCCAAAAUAAAAUUCUUGCAAUCUUUGAAUGUAAAUAUAAAUGCAGGAAAAGAUAGUGUUUGUGAUUGUUGCCAUUUGGCUAAACAGAAAAGAAUUCCUUUCAUUCCUAGUAAAUCCUCUACUACUGAUUGCUUUCAUUUAGUGCAUAUGGAUAUUUGGGGACCCUACCAUGUUAGAACUAUGUUUGGUCAUCAAUACUUUCUCACCAUUGUAGAUGAUUUUAGCAGGGCUACAUGGGCUUAUCUUUUGAGGGGUAAAGAUGAAGUGAGACAACUUGUGCAGGGUUUCUAUGCUAUGAUUCAUACUCAGUUUGGGAAAAUGGUUAAAUGUGUCAGAACAGAUAAUGGAAAGGAGUUCUUAAUGCCAGAAUUCUAUCUUCAAAAAGGCAUAGUGCAUCAGACUUCAUGUGUAUACACUCCUCAGUAG